GGAGUCCAAGGCAGCCUCCAAUCGCAGCAUCCCUCUCGAUCGGCCUAUCUCCUCCCAAUCCCUCUCUUAUCCCCUCCUCUCCGCACGGCAAAACACUCACCGUCACCGUCCAUUUCCCCUCGUCUCCUCCGCCACCAUGGUUUCCCCCUUCACCCCCUUCUCCCCGACCUCCGCGCCCGCCGCCGCGAGGGCCCUCCUCCCAGCUUCCACCUCCCGCCCUCUCUCCCUCGCCGUCUCAGGCCGCAUUCCGUUCACGAAGGGAUUCCGCCGCGGCCGCUUCACCGUCUGCAAUGUCGCCGCCUCCGAGCAGGAGGUGAAGGCGUCGGCCGCAGCAAAGGAGAGCCAGCGGCCGGUGUACCCAUUCGCGGCGAUCGUCGGGCAGGACGAGAUGAAGCUCUGCCUGCUGCUCAACGUCAUCGACCCCAAGAUCGGCGGCGUCAUGAUCAUGGGCGACCGCGGCACUGGCAAGUCCACCACCGUGCGCUCCCUCGUCGACCUGCUGCCCGACAUCCGCGUCGUCAUCGGCGACCCCUUCAACUCUGACCCCGACGACCCCGAGGUGAUGGGCCCUGAGGUCCGGCAGCGGGUGCUGCAGGGUGACAACCUCCCCGUAACCAGGGCUAAGAUCACCAUGGUCGACCUGCCCCUCGGCGCCACCGAGGACAGGGUGUGCGGCACCAUUGACAUUGAGAAGGCACUCACCGAGGGCGUCAAGGCGUUUGAGCCCGGGUUGCUUGCCAAGGCCAACAGGGGGAUACUGUAUGUGGACGAGGUCAAUUUGCUGGACGACCAUUUGGUGGAUGUGCUGCUGGAUUCUGCUGCUUCCGGGUGGAACACAGUGGAGAGGGAGGGUAUCUCCAUCUCCCACCCUGCUCGGUUCAUCCUCAUUGGGUCUGGUAACCCGGAGGAAGGGGAGCUCCGACCGCAGCUGCUGGACCGGUUUGGGAUGCACGCGCAGGUCGGUACGGUGAGGGAUGCGGAGCUGAGGGUAAAAAUUGUGGAAGAGAGGGCUCGGUUUGACAGAGAUCCAAAGGCGUUCCGCGAGUCGUACCAAGAAGAGCAAGAGAAGCUCCAGCAGCAGAUUUCAUCUGCUCGGAGUAACCUCGGCGCUGUGCAGAUGGACCAUGACCUUCGUGUCAAGAUAUCCAAGGUGUGUGCAGAGUUGAAUGUUGAUGGGCUCAGAGGAGAUAUUGUGACUAACAGGGCUGCCAAGGCGGUGGCUUCGUUGAAAGGAAGGGACAGUGUCACAGUGGAGGACAUUGCGACUGUCAUUCCAAACUGCUUGAGGCAUCGGCUCCGAAAGGACCCGCUUGAAUCUAUUGACUCGGGUUUGCUUGUCAUUGAGAAGUUUUAUGAAAUCUUCAGCUAGAUUAUUCUUUCCAUAAAUGUUUUAUAAUCAUGAAGUUUGGAAGGAAGCCUUCUAAUUUGCUGUUACAAUACUAUCUGGAAAUUGAAUUUGAUCUCAAUUUUGUGCU